GAUUACUUACUGUCAUCUACCUUUCCAGAGCAAAUGGCUUUAUGUUGGAACAGAGAGAGGAAAUACACACAUUGUAAAUAUUGAGUCCUUCAUUCUUUCUGGAUAUGUUAUCAUGUGGAAUAAGGCAAUAGAACUAUCCACAAAGACUCACCCUGGGCCAGUUGUACAUUUAAGUGACAGCCCAAGAGAUGAGGGAAAACUAUUGAUAGGCUAUGAAAAUGGGACCGUAGUAUUCUGGGACUUACGAUCUAAAAGAGCUGAUCUGAGAGCUUAUUAUGAUGAGGCUAUUCAUUCCGUUGCUUGGCAUCAUGAAGGGAAGCAGUUCAUGUGCAGUCACUCUGAUGGCAGCUUGACCCUAUGGAAUCUGAAAAGUCCUAACAGACCAUUCCAGACCACAAUUCCACACGGAAAAACUCAGAGAGAUGGAAAAAAACCUGAAUCCUGUAAACCAAUUCUUAAAGUAGAAUACAAGACCUGUAAAAACAGUGAACCAUUUGUGAUAUUUUCUGGUGGGUUGUCAUAUGAUAAGGCUUGUCGAAGACCAAGUUUAACAAUCAUGCAUGGGAAAGCAAUUACCGUUCUUGAAAUGGAUCACCCUAUAGUUGAUUUUUUAACUCUUUGUGAAACCCCGUAUCCAAAUGAAUUUCAAGAACCCUAUGCUGUAGUUGUGCUUUUGGAAAAAGAUCUCAUUGUUGUUGACCUGACACAAAGCAAUUUUCCAAUCUUUGAAAAUCCAUAUCCUAUUGACAUUCAUGAGUCACCUGUUACCUGCACAGAGUAUUUUGCGGACUGUCCUCCAGAUUUGAUUCCUGUACUCUAUUCUGUAGGAGCAAAACAUAAAAAACAAGGAUAUAGCAAUAAGGAAUGGCCCAUCAGUGGUGGAGCAUGGAACCUUGGAGCUCAGACAUAUCCCGAAAUCAUUAUUACAGGCCAUGCAGAUGGAUCAGUAAAGUUUUGGGAUGCUUCUGCCAUUACUCUACAGAUGUUGUACAAAUUAAAAACAUCAAAAGUCUUUGAAAAACAGAAACCGGGAGAAGGAAAAGCAACAGCUGAGAUUGUGGAAGAAGAUCCUUUUGCUGUUCAGAUGAUGUACUGGUGUCCUGAAAGCCGAAUUUUCUGUGUGGCAGGAGUUUCUGCAUAUGUGGUUGUUUACAGGUUCAGCAAACAUGAAGUAAAUACUGAAAUUGCA